AUGCUCUCAAACAAGAUUCAUCAAACUGAAGACGAUCACAAAAAAUGGCUUGAUGAUGCUAUUAAAAAAGGAACAAUCAUUAAAUAUGAUUUUAGCACAUUUAGGGUCAUCAAAAGUAUUGGACAAGGGUCGUUUGGAAAAGUUUUUCGCGCAUCGUCUUCCCAAUUUGAAAAUCCCGUAGCUUUAAAGGCAAUCCCGAUUAACGAUCGUUUUAAUAUCGAACUACUAGUAAACGAGCUCAAACAACACAACAAAAUCGCAUCGCAUAAGAAUAUCUUAAAAUUUUAUGGAAUAACAAUAGAUGAAUCAAAAGAGCCCCCUACAUUUAUUCUUGUUAUAGAGGAAACGCCUGUUUCUGGAACACCGGUUGAUUACGUAAACAUCUAUAAAGAAUGUUGGGAAUUAUCUCCGGGUCGACGACCAACUAUCGAAAAAGUUGUCGAAGUUCUAGAAAAUGUCAACUUAGAUCGAGUAAUAUCUGAGGAGGAAAUCGAUAAUUUGUACUUUUCCAGUGGUGUUGGUGGAAAACAAUCAGGGAUCCAUAGUGAUUUAAGUGAUAGAACUAGCAGCUCAGAUUCAGAUGAGUUUUUUCAGCAGCGGUUAGAUGAAAUCGAAGAAACUUGCACUGAUUUGGGCAUGCCCUUCAAAUUUUCCGUCGGAUCUGACAUCUACCAAAAAUUGUCAUCUUUCAGAGAAUUGGAUUCCAUCAUCGUCGACCCAGAAAUUAUCGGACACAUAAAUAACAAUAUAAAGGACACCAUCAAUAAACAAUUCUUUCAGCAAUUAUUACAACUUUUCGUGAAACGAUUAAAAGAUUCCGCUGAGCCCAAAAUGCUUGUUAAACACAUUGACGAUUUCAUAGAUCAACAUGACAAAGACCGUGAGAAAUUAUUUAAAAGGUUAUUGACACUUGAGGAACAUCCAACAUUUUCAUGUUUGAUUGGUUUUUUUUAUGGAUACGGAAUAUGCUGCGUUGAUAGCAAUCACAAUGCCUUCAAAAUGUACAACAAAGCCAUAAGAAAUAUAACAGAAAAAUCCUCCUUGGGCCAACUCGGCAGGCUUUGUUCAAAAAGGGCGAUUGAAACCAAAUGCGGUAGUAAAUCCGGUUGGAAAGGUGUUACUGCGACAUCGAAGAUCUUAUACUAG